AUGAAGAAAUUGAUGCAUAGUUCUGAGGAUUUCUUGUUAGAAAAACUUCAUAAACACCUUAGAAUCGAUGAGGAGAUGAAGCAUAGAGAAAAGUCAGAGUCCGCUGAAUACUCUAAAGCAAAUUCUAUAAUUGGAAAAGAAAAUAGGAAACAUGAUGGCAUGAAGAACCAUUUUGUCCCUAAGAAAGAACAUAACAAGUUCAAGAACUCUGGCGAACUAAAAGGACCAAAAGGAAAAGGAUACUCAGUUGAAGGAAUGAUCAAACUUUAUACUACCGAUAAUAUUAUUAAUGAAAUUCCUAAUUGUGCUUAUAUGCUUGAAUAUACUUCUUUAUGGAAAUCUAGAUUAGAACAUAUUGAUAUCAGUACUAUGAAUAGACUAAUCAAAUAUGAUUUGAUCUCAUGCAAUAUUUAUGAUUUUGAAAAAUGUGAAAAAUGUGUCAAAUCAAAAAUGAUCAAGAAACCUUUCAAAAGUGUUGAAAGAAAAUCAAAUUUGCUUGAUUUAGUGCACUCUAAUUUAUGUGAAUUUAAUGCCAUGCUAACCCGUGGGGGUAACCGAUAUUUCAUAAUCUUUAUUGAUGAUUUCUCUAGGUUCACACAUGUAUAUCUUCUAAAGCAUAAAGAUGAUGAUUUUAAUGCCUUUAAAAUCUAUAAAGCGGAAGUAGAAAAUCAAUUAAGUAGAAGUAUCAAAGUCCUUAGAAGUGAUAAGGGCGGUGAAUAUUUUUCUACAUUGAUGUAUAUUAUGAAGAAUAUGACAUUAUACAUGAAAGUUUCGCGCCUCGACACCACAACAAAAUGGUUUAGCCGAGAGAAAGAAUCAAACAUAUCAAGAAAUGAUAAAUGCUAUGUUAAUGCAUUCUGA